AUGUCAUCCGGAGAAAGUAGAGAGUUUAGCACAGAGAUUGUGGAGAGAGGGGUUGAGAACAGUGGUCCUAAUGCUGGUUCUGUUUUCUUCUUCGUUAGGGUGAGACCAAGGCUCCCAGAUUUCCUCAGUUCUGUGAACAUCAAGUAUGUUAAGCUUGGUUAUGGCUACCUCAUAAGCCACCGAUCUUAUUUCUUCUUCCUCCUACCCCUUCUCGUUGCACUCCUCUCAGUGGCUUCUCCUAUAACCACCAAUCAGUUCUUCGCUUGGGAUUUCACCCACGCCCUCUUUCUUUUACCUCUCUUCCUCCUCCUUUACUUUUACUCCGAUCUCACUUCCCGUUCUAUUUAUCUCCUUGAUUUUGCUUGCUUUCGCCCUCCCAAUGAACUCAAGAUAUCAAAGGCGGAGUUCAUAGAGCUUGCUAGAAGAUCUGGGAAUUUCAACGACGAAGCCAUAGAGUUUCAGGAAAGAGCUCUGAAGAAAUCUGGAAUAGGAGACGAGACGUACAUGCCAAGGUCAGUGUUCCGUCCGGAGUACCGAGCUUCCCUCAAUGAAGCUCGAGAAGAAGCGUCCAUGGUCAUGUUCGGAGCAAUCAAGGAUGUUCUUGAAUCCACAAAGGUGAAGCCCAGCAACAUCAGGAUCCUGGUCGUCAACUGUGGAAUUCUCAACACAACCCCCUCACUCUCCUCCAUGGUCAUCAACCACUUCAAGCUCCGCCACGACAUCCAAAGCUUCAACCUCGGCGGUAUGGGUUGUUCCGCCGGAAUCAUCGCCGUCGACCUCGCCAGGGACCUCCUAGAUGCUUACCCCGGAUCUUAUGCCCUAGUUGUCAGCACCGAGUCUGUCAACUACGCUUGGUACGGAGGUAACGACAUGGACAUGCUACUUCCCAAUUGCUUCUUCAGAAUGGGAGCUUCCGCUGUUAUACUCUCCAAUUUUCUCCUUGAUCGAUGGCGUGCCAAGUAUCAACUCAAACAGCUAGUUCGAACUCACAAAGGAAUGGAUGAGAAGAGCUUCAAAAGCAUACGUAUGAAGGAAGAUAGUAGAGGAAGGAGAGGGCUUUCAGUGAGCAAGGACGCCAUUGAAGUAGGAGGCAAUGCGCUUAAAGCGAACAUAACGACACUAGGGCCUCUGGUUCUUCCAGUGUCUGAGCAGGUUCACUUCUUCACCAAUCUGAUGUUCAAGAGGAAGAAGACGAAGCCAUAUGUUCCAGACCACAAGCUUGCGUUCGAGCACCUGUGCUUGACGGCGACGAGCAAGAAGGUUCUGGAUGAGAUCCAGAACAACCUGGGCCUCACGGAGGAGUACAUGGAGGCGUCGAGGAAGACUCUGGAGAGAUUUGGCAACACUUCUAGCAGCAGUGUCUGGUAUGAGUUGGCUCACCUUGAAGCUAACUUGAAGGUCAAGAAAGGUGAUAGGAUUUGCCAGAUAGCUUACGGGUCUGGCUUUAAGUGUAAUAGUGUUGUUUGGAAGGCUAUCAGAACUCCAGCCAAGCCCAAGAAAAGCCCAUGGAUUGAGGAUUCAUAG